UUCUCAAUGCGAUAGCUCCCUCAUCCACCGUGCUAAGCAGCAGACGAUCAGCGAAGUGAGCUAGAAAGAUGGCGGCUGGUUCUGGGGCUGCAAGCGGCCACGGAGCACGCAGCUCCAACGCUGCUCUGGAAGCGUCUUUGGACCGGCGGUUUCAAGGAGUAUCGAACACUAUGGAGUCAAUACAGGGACUUUCAACCUGGUGCAUUGAAAACAAAAAGUACCACGGCCUCAUAGUCCGCCACUGGAUGAAGUGGCUCAAGAAAUCUGACAACAGUCACCGCUUGAAUCUCUUCUACCUUGCCAAUGAUGUGAUACAGAACUGCAAAAGAAGGAACGCCAUUGUGUUUCGUUCAGCCUUUGCAGAAGUCCUUCCUAAUGCUGCUCUGCUCAUCAAAGAUGGGAAGGUCCGCAAGUCAGUGGAAAGGAUCUUUGUGAUUUGGGAGGAGAGGAGCGUGUAUCCUGAGGAGCUCAUUGCUCAGCUCAGAGCCAACUUGAACAAAAAGGAAAAAGAGCGAGAGAAGCUGAAGGAAAAGGAGAGAGAAAAGGAGAAGUUGAAGGAGAAGGAAAAGGAGAAGGAGAAGGAAAGGGAGAAGGAGAGGGAGAAGGAGAAGGAGAAGCAAAAGGAGACUACACCGGCAACUGCCCCAGUCAACAAAGCGGCCCUCAAGUCCAAGAUUUUAGAAGAGUUUGCACCGCACUCCCUUGUGGAACAGUUGUCGAGAUAUAAACAAGCAGUUGCUGAAGAGGAGUUCAGGGAGAAGCAGCUGGCGGCUCUUAGGGUGGACGUCUGCAGCACAGAGGCUCUGAAGAGACUGAAAGACAAAGCAGGAGGGAACAAGUUUGCGAAAGACUUUGAAGAUGGAAGUCUGAAGCUGCAGGAGUUUGUCGGCUUCCUCGACAAAGAGUUGAAAACAGGGCCUCCUCUGCUGGAAGCUUUGGGAAAUGCAGACAUUUUCUAUGAGAUGCAGUACAAGGAGGUUAAGAUUGUGGCUAAUGCCUACAAUGCCUUCGCAAACCGUGUGGCCGGUCUUAAAAGGAAACUGGAUUCCCUCAAGUCAACUCUUCCUGGACCUGAGGACUCUCCCAUCCCCUCGCCUUCUGAGGAUGCCCCCUCUCCCACUGGCUCUGACUCACCCUUCCUUGGGCUUGGGCCCAGCAGAGCCCAGGUGGAUCCAGAGCUGGACGGCAAGGCCAUGGAUGAAGGAGAGCUACCCAACGACAACAGAGACAUGGAGGACAUGGAUAUGUCUGAUGAAGAGGCUGAGGCUCUCACAGCAGGGGCAGGUGAGAGGAAAGACAAGUCAUCUGCAGCUGUUGCCAAGGCUACAAAAUCAGACGCGGCAUCAAAGCCUCCUACCACACCUACUAAAGCAACAAAGACCAACGCCAUGGCUGCUACCACGGCAAACCCAGUUACCCCCACCUCUGCUUCUGCGCCGAGCACUCCAGCAACCCCUCUGGGAGUCAAUCUGGAGAAGGUGGACCUGGGAAAGAUCAGCUCCAUUCUUAACUCACUCACUUCUGCCAUGAAAAAUACAGCAGCCAGCCCUGCUCGGCCAUCUCCCGCCACACCCACUACUCCCUCUGGCCAGUCAGCUGCUUCCAAAGUGGCGCCUAGCAGCCCUGCUCUGGCCAGCAUUCUGUCCAGAGUUGACAUAACACCUGAAGGCAUUCUCAGUGCUCUGUCUAAAUCAAACACAGCAGGUUUGUCCUCUCUCCUGCAAAGUGUGACAAACACAACCUCAGCUCCUCCCUCCCGACCCUCCCCAGAUUCACCAGCAGUAAAAUCUCUGCUCAGCCCAACCACCCAAAAACCCAAACCAACACUUGGGAACAGCCUCAAACGAGAUACACCUGGGAGGAACAGAGACUGGGAGAAAGGCAGACAGCUGUCCCCCCCUCCUCCUCCUCCGCCUCCUCCUCGCCCCUCUGCCCCCUCUAUCUCUCCCCCCAGCCUAGAAUCAAAAAUCAACAGUUUCUUGCAGGGUAAUCCAGGCUUUAGUCUUGCUUUAGGUGACGUCAGUCCUGAUGGGGUGGAUGGGACACCAGUGAGAGACGAAGCUGCCGGCACCCCCACCCAGGAUGAGAUCAUGGACACCCCUGGCAGUGUGCCAGAAUCUCUGGGGUCAUCCGGUCAUACCCUCUCACCCACAGCGUACCGCAGUGAACCUUGGGAUGCUGUGAUCACCCCAUCAGGAAGCAACAGCAACGGGGACUUUCAAGGCUCUUCCUCCUCUUCCCGGUUUGGAGCCGGUAAGAAGAGCGGCACAAAAUUAAAAGAGGAUGAAGUGAUGAAUGUGAGGAAGCAGGGGUCUUCUUCCUCAAAUAAUGACAUGAAGAGUAGAAAAGAUGGACAGCAUAGCCAGCUAAGAAUGAUGGGAGAAAGGAGACUCUCUUCAAGCUCUCGUAAGACAAGCACUGGCUCAGACGAUGGAGGUCUGAGUGGAAAAAGAGAGGAUAAGGUCAAAGGUCGAGAGUCUCCUAAUGCGGGUGGAAAGGAAGGCCAGUAUCAUCGUAUUGAGACACUAGUGUCACCCUGCACUGAAGGGGCACCAAUCCAAACUCUAGGAUACUCCAACCGCCCACUCGCUGGAGAGCGCAUCAAGACAGUAGAGAGCAUCCGCGUGAUUGGCCGAGGCUCCCGGAGAGGAGGAGGGGUCAGCAGUCGGCCAGGGGGAGCGAUGUGGUAUGAAGAGGAGGAAUACAUGGAAGCUCACCCUCCCUCACCCAGCGCUGCCCCCUCUUCCCAUAAUAUGGGCCAUGGUGGAAAUGAGGAAAUGCCCCCUUCCAUGCCUCUUCCUCCCCCACAUCUUCUUCUCGCACAUCUCCACCCUCCCCCCUCUCUUCCUCAUCCUCCUCCUCCUCCACCAAAUCAAUUCCAAAUGCACUACCACCCAGACAACAUGCAAACUCCUCCUCCAUCCCUUCUACACCAGCAUCCUCCUCCCACAUCCCCUUUCUUCGGUGCUCCUCCACCUAUCCCUCGACCCCCUCCACCUCCCAUGUCACAUCGCCUUUCCCCUCCACCUCACCACAACCCUGCUGUGCCCUCUGCGGUCAUGGUUGGGGGAGUGUUGGUCCCUGUCGACCGUCCACUUGCUCUUCCUCUACCAGUCAGACCCGAAGGUGUAGAUCGAGGUGGGAUGGGGCCCAGAGGAGGUCCUCCACCUCGCAUGUCUUCACUGUUAGGUGAGCCCCCUAAGCAUCUCCGCCCUGGCACAGUUAAAGAGCCUUUUGCCCCCCGCCAUGCUCCCCCUCUUCUCCGCCCAGGUAACCCAGGUGUUCCCUUACCUUUACUAGGCAGAGUGAAAGAGCCCUUGAAUCUACCUCUUCCACCCCCAUCUCACUCUCCCACAUCCUCCUCUCCCUCAACUCCUAAUUCCCCUGCAGUUGACACAGUCCCCUCUCGCCUCUCUGCUCAGUCUUCAGCCCCUCCUCUUCACAAGCCCCCUGCCAGUCCUCCAGCUCAGUCCCGCAACAAAACCUCUAACCCCGUUCCCCUCCUCACCCUCCCCACUACCCGACCCCCGAUCCUCUCAGUCCCCAUCCCACAGAGACCUCUGAUGCGAGGCCGAAAUCCUUCUCAGCAUCGUCACCAAGAUCUCCCCUUAGGGGGGUAUCGAGGGGGCAAGCGAGCUGGUCCUCCUUUCACAGGUGGUCCCUUUCAUUCACAGAAGAGACCCUUCCUACCCCCACGCUACUGAUGUGGUCUUCUAUGACAAGCUGAAUGAGAAGUUCAAGCACGCUGCGCUGAAUUGCGGAGUGUGUGUUAGCCCUGCUGGUAUGAGCCCAGAUAUCUUUACUCUGUCAAAUAGCUUGAAUUAAAACUACCUUAGGUUGUGUGUAAAUAGCUGAUUAAAACGUAAUGCUUCAGCUAAUAACCAGCCAGUCAUCUUACACUGUACCGUACAGCUCUGAGGUUAUAAGUAUAGAGUGGUAACAAACCCCAGCCUACCACUUUUUUCUCCUCAACAUACACGAUAGAUUAGUGUCAUCUGGUGUCCUUAGAGCAACACGAUUCUUUAGAAAACAUUAGAACAGUAACAGCAGACAUGACACCAUAUUUGAUCGAGUUUGCCCACUUUUGUGACUUUGGGGUUUCUAUAGAUGAGAGAGAGAGAGAGAGAGGGAGCAGAGUGAAAGAAACCGGUAUGGGUCUCAUGGGAUACAGGGCAUGGGAGAAAAAUAGCAGUUUGAUAUUUUAGGAAAUCAACUUUUUCUUACUGAGCAAAGGAGAGGACGAUGAACACAACUCUGAUACCUGUUUUCAAGAUAGAAAACAAAAGCCUGAGCUGAAAAGCUUAACUUAACAUAAAGACAGGAUACAGAGAAGCUCACCUGCAACUGGCUGAUGGUUAAAAGAAAAAAAAACACAGACACUUGUAAAUAUCAGUAAUUAAUACAUCCUUUCCUGCUUGUUUAUUCCAUAGAUAUUACAUGUUCAGGUUUUCAGGGCUGCAGGGCUCUGGAUAGCCACUGCUUGUUGCCACAAAAUGCAGGUUACUUCAAUUGUUCACCCUGAGAGAACUAGGUUAGCUGUUUGCCCUGUUUCCUCUUCCAAAACAUUAUUUCUUAUUGACAUAAAGGUCAACACUGGUAUUAUCCAGAACAUCAAACUGUUCCUGUAAAAUAUUUGAGUGAAUUAGGCUCAGAAGUAAGCUCUCCUUCCAUGAGUGUGUGUGUGUAUGAGUGUGUGUGUGCGUGUGUGCGUGCUAAAAAGGUAUUUCUCAUUUUCAAGUAAUGAGAUUUGUGUUGCAGCUGAGGUUAACACUUGUUCCUAUUUCUUGAGUUCCUGCUGUAUAUAAUCUUCUCUUGCUCCACCUUUUUUCACCCUCUAUCUGUCCCACUGUAUAUCUCUUUAGCUUGUAAAUAUAAAAAACUGAGAUGAUGCAGCAUUUUUCUUCAAGCUCUUCAUUCUGUUAAUGAGAACAUUGAUCAGCACUCACGCAUCCGUAUUUACUGUGAUCGAGGCCUUGGAUAAGAUUUAGCCCCAGAAGAAUUUCUCUACAGUAUCUGUCGCACCUUUCUAUCUUCCUUCUGAAACCACCAUGCAGAAGAGGAGAGAGAAGACAAUUAUGUAUUUUCAUUUCCAACAUAUAUGUCUGCCUGUGUGCACUUGAAGUUAGACUGAGUCAUGAAGAUACUCAGUAGCUGGGGGAAAAGUAUUCAAGCUUGAACUGCGCUCACGCUAGGCUUCAAAGUGUACUGACUUGAAUAAAAUCCAGAGUUUCAAUUCAACCGGGGGGGAAGAUAUUUUAUUUGGUCACUAUAUAAGACUUGAAUUGCGCUGUUUUAAUUUACUUGCGCUGUUCAGUUGUUGUUUUUUUCUCUGCCUAGGUUUUUUAUACAGUUUUCAUAUUUUGACACAGCUGCUGCCAUUCAUAUUGCAUUUAAAUUAAAUGUCUUACUUUUUCUCACUGUACUUUCCUACUUGACUAAAUCAGCCAUUUUCACUUUGCAGCAGCGCUUACAGAUGGUAUCAGGGGGCAAAACAUGUCAGCUAUUCAAGAAAUGAAGGUUCAUUUAAAAAAAAAAAUGUAUUUUUGGUCCCUUCCUUUUUGUUUUGUUUCUUUGCUAAUUUCAUGCUUUUUCCCCUCAAGCCCCUGUGAUUACCGCUUGCUUGCAUUUAGAGUUUGUUUCUCUGACUUUAAAUACAGCUCAUCAGGAUGCACUGAGCACCUGCAAAUGUUUCUGCAUAAAAUUGGUGGAUAGAUACAUUGUUAAAUUUGUAAUAAUGAGCAUAUUUGUCCUUACAGUUUUGGCACAUCAUCAGCGUUAUGAUGCUUUACCAAAUGUCAUACAAGCCUGUCAGUAGCCCUUGUCAGUUUAUUUUUUUAAUCUUCAAGACAGCUAAUUACCAGCCCAAACCUCUGCACAGAGAGAAAGCUUUAUUUUUAUAAACAUCCUGCUUAUUAAGUACCUAUCGAGUUCACCAUUACAAUGUCCCUGUAAAUAAUCUGUCUCCGAUUUCUCUUCACCUCCUCUCUGACUGAGUUUGAAAUUGACUGAAUUUGUGACAUCACUGAAGGUCUGUGUACAUUUGAUAAGUUGAAUUGCUCUUAAUGCUGUUCUCAUCAAUGAUGCUAUAUCACCGGUC